AUGGCACCUUCAUCUCCGUCCUGGCGCAGAGUCGACGCGACCAACACCGCUCUUCUUCUCAGUGACGUGCAAACGCAACUUCUGGCACACAUGCCCGAGGACGAACAAACGAGAUAUCUUGGCACGCUGCAGGAACUCCUGGACUCGUUCCGCACCAACAUCUCAACUGCACGCGACCAGUCACAGUCCCAGCACGGCAGCGCCGCCGAGAACCACCAUGAUGGCGGCCCGUGUAUUGUCCACCACGUGGUCGUCAUGGACUACGCGACCAUGAACCUCAGCCCGACCAACAAACUGAACAACUGGGCAUUAAAACGGCUCAAAGCAGCAGGCCCCAACCGCGGUGCAGCGGUGGCACCGACAGAUUCAGCGGCCACGAUCCCAUUGACCCUCCACCCGCCCAAUGGCUGGAACAUGGAUGAAUUUGUCCUCACGAAACAAGCCCCAAGCUGCUUCAUGUCGUCGUCGCUGCUGAAGAUCCUGCAAGCAAGGAAUAUCAAGCAUGUUGUUCUUCUCGGGUUGACCACCGAAGGGAGUAUCUUGAGCUCGGUCCGGCACGGGAGUGAUUUAGAUUUCCACAUCAUUGUGCCCAGGGAGGGUGUAUGGUGUGACGAUCGGGAGCUGGAGAAGGUAGUGCUGGAGAAGCUGGUUCCGAGAUUCGCUGAUGUCUGUGCAAUGCAAGAUGUCAAAGAAUUGAUGGCCGCAAAUGAAGACCGAAAGACCGCCAAGUAA